AUGGCCCCAAGCCCAGACACAGACCUUCAGCCCCAGUCACAGCCACAGCCCCAGGCCCUGUAUGCCCCAGAUACAGCCCCAGCCCCAGCCCCAGACCCAGUCAGCCCCAGUCAAAGCCCCAGCCCCAGCCCCAGUCACGGCCCCAGUCCCCAACCCAGCCCCAGCCCUAGUCAGAGUCCCAGUCAUAGCCCCAGCCCAAGCGUCAACCCCAAUCCCAGUCACAGCCCCAGCCCCAGCCCAAGCCCCAGUCUCACACCCAGUUAAGCACCAGCCCCAGACAGCCCCAGCCCCAAUCAUAUCCCCAGUCACAGCCGAAGCCCCAGCCCCAGCCUCAGUCACAGCCCCAGCAAAAGCCACAGCCACAGCUCGAGCCCCAGACCCAGUCACAGCCCCAGCCCCAGUCACAGCCCCAGCCCCAGUCACAGUCCCGUCCCCAGUCAAAGUCACAGCUCCAGUCCCAGCCCCAGUCACAGCCGCAACCCCAGUCACAGCCCCAGCCCCUCUCACAGCCCCAGCCCCAGUCACAGACCCAGCCCCAGUCAGAGCCCCAGUCAUAGCCCCAGCCCCAUACUCAAUCCCAUACUCAGCCCCGGACACAGCCCCAUCCCCAGCCGCAGUUACAGCUGCAGCCCCAGCCCCUCUCACAGCCCCAGCCCCAGCACCAGACCCUCCAGCCCCGGCCCCAGUCACAGCCCCAGCCCCAGCCCCAGCCCCAGUCAGAGCCCCAGUCAUAGCCCCAGCCCCACCCCAGUCCCAGCACCAGCCGCAACCACAGCCCCAGCACCAGCCCCAGUCACAGCCCCAGCUCCAGCACCAGAACCAGCCCCAGACCCAGCCCCAAGCCCUAGCAACAGCCACAUCCACAGCUCAAGCCCCAGCCUCGGUCACAGCCCCAGGCCCAGUCACAGCCCCAAGCCGCAGUCAUAGCCCCAGCCCCAGUCCAGCCCUGGCCCCAGUCACAGUCACAGCCCCAGACACAGCCCCAGUCACAGCCCCAGUCACAGCCCCAGCCCCAGUCACAGACCCAGCCCCAGCCCCAGUCACAGACCCAGCCCCAGUCACAGCCCCAGCCACAGUCCCAGACACAGCCCCAGUCACAGCCCCAGCCCCAGUCACAGCCCCAGUCAUAGCCCCAGCUCCAGCACCAGUCACAGCCCCAGCCCCAGCCCCAGCCCCAGCACCAGCCCCAGCCCCAGCCCCACCCCAACCCCCAUACUCAAUCCCAGUCACAGCCCCAGACACUUUCCCACACCCAGCCCCAGUCCCAGACCCAGCCCCAGCUUCAGACCCAGACCCAGCCCCAGUCACAGCCCCAGCCCCAGUCACAGUCACAGCCCCAGCCCCAGUCACAGCACCAGCCCCAGUCACAGCCCCAGUCACAGUCGAAGCCCCAGCCCCAGCCCCAGGCCCAGUCCCAGUCACCGUCACAGCCCCAGCCACAGCCCCAGUCACAGUCCCAGCCCCAGUCACAGUCCCAGCACCAGCCACAUCCAUAGACCCAGACCCAGUCACAGCCCCAGCCACAGUCCCAGACACAGACACAGUCACAGUCACAGUCCCACACCCAGCCACAGUCCCACACCCAGCCACAGUUCCACACACAGCCCCAGCCCUGGCCCCAGUCACAGUCACAGUCACAGUCACAGCCCCAGACACAGCUCCAGCCCCAGUCACAGCCCCAGCCCCAGCCCCAGUCGCAACCCCAGCUCCAGCCCCAAUCACAGCCCCAGCCCCAGCCCCAGUCAUAGCUCCACCGAAUCCCCACCGCAGCCCCAGUCCAGCCCCAGCCCCAGUCACAGUCCCAGCACCAGCCGCAUCCAUUGCCCCAGCCCCAGUCACAGCCCCAGCCACAGUCCCAGACACAGCCCCAGCUUCAGACCCAGAAGCCCCAGUCACAGCCCCAGCCCCAGCCCCAGUCACAGCCCCAGCCCCAGUCACAGCCCCAGCCCCAGCCCCAGUCACAGCCCCAGCCCCAGCACCAGUCACAGCCCCAGCCCCAGUCCAACCCCCAGUCACAGCCCCAGCCCCAGUCACAGCCCCAGCCCCAGCCCCAGUCACAGCCCCAGCCCCAGCCCCAGUCACAGCCCCAGCCCCAGUCACAGCCCCAGCCCCAGCCCCAGUCACAGCCCCAGCCCCAGCCCCAGUCACAGCCCCAGCCCCAGCAGCAGUCACAGCCCCAGCCCCAGCACCAGUCACAGCCCCAGCCCCAGUCACAGCCCCAGCCCCAGCCCCAGUCACAGCCCCAGCCCCAGCCCCAGUCACAGCCCCAGCCCCAGUCACAGCCCCAGCCCCAGCCCCAGUCACAGCCCCAGCCCCAGUCACAGUCCCAGCCACAGUCCCCACAGCCCCAGCCCCAGCCCCAGUCACAGCCCCAGCCCCAGUCACAGCCCCAGCCCCAGUCACAGUCCCAGCCACAGUCACACACCCAGCCACAGUCACACACCCAGCUCCAGCUCCAGACCCAGAACCAGCCCCAGCACCAAUCACAGCCCCAGCAACAGCCCCAGUCACAGCUCCAGCACCAGUCACAGCCCCAGCCCCAGACACAGCUCCAGCCCCAGUCACAUCCCCAAUCACAGCCACAGCCCCAGCCUCAGUCACAGCCCCAGCUUCAGCACCAGUCACAGCCUCAGCUGCAGCCCCAGUCACAGCAGCAGCCCCAGUCACAGCAGCAGCCCCAGUCACAGCAGCAGCCCCAUCCCCAGCCCCGGUCACAACCCUAGCCCAGCCUCAGUUACAGCCCCAGCCCCAGACACAGUCAGCCCCAAUCAAAGCCCCAGACCCAGUCACAAUACCAGUCGCAGCCACAACCCCAGCCCCAGCCCCAGGCCCAGACGCAGACCCAGCCCCAGUCACAGUCACAGCCCCAGCGCCAACUCCAGCACCAGCCCCAGCAUCAGGCCCAGCCCCAGGCCAGCUCCAGUCAAAGUCAAAGCUCCAGUCCCAGUCACAGCCUUAGUCACAGCUCCAGCCCCUUUCCCAGACCCACCCCAGUCCAGCCCCAGCCCCAGUCACAGUCCCAGCACCAGCCGCAUCCAUUGCCCCAGCCCCAGUCACAGCCCCAGCCACAGUCCCAGACACAGCCCCAGCUUCAGACCCAGAGCCAGCCCCAGUCACAGCCCCAGCCCUAGUCACAGCCCCAGCCCCAGCACCAAUCACAGCCCCAGCUCCAGCCCUGGCCCCAGUCACAGCCCCAGCCUCAGCCCCAGCCCCAGUCACAGCCCCAGCCCCGGCCCCACCCCCAGCCCCAGCACCAGCCCCAGUCACAGCCCCAGUCACAGUCCCAGACACAGCCCCAGUUCCAGCACCAGAACCAGCCCCACUCCCAGCCCCAGACCCAGCCCCAGACCCAGCCCCAGCCCCAGCCCCAGACCCAGCCCCAGACCCAGUCACAUUCCCAGCCCCAGUCACAUCCGCAGCUCCAGCCCCAGUCAGAGCUGCAGCCCCAGCCCCAGACCCAGACCCAGCCACAGUCACAGUCACAGCCCCAACCACAGCCCCAGACCCAGACCCAGACCCAGCCCCAGCCACUGUCACAGCCCCAACCACAGCCCCAGCUCCAGCCCCAGACACAGCCCCAGACACAGCCCCAGACACAGCCCCAGACACAGCCCCAGACACAGCCCCAGCCCCAAUCACAGCCCCAGUCCUGAAUCCCCACCGCAGCCCCAGUCCAGCCCCGGCCCCAGUCACAGUGCCAGCACCAGCCGCAUCCAUUGCCCCAGCCCCAGUCACAGCCCCAGCCACAGUCCCACACCCAGCCCCAGUCCCAGACCCAGCCCCAGCUUCAGACCCAGACCCAGCCCCAGCCCCAGUCACAGCCCCAGCCCCAGUCACAGUCGAAGCCCCAGCCCCAGCCCCAGUCACAGCCCCAGCCCCAGCCCCAGUCACAGCCCCAGUCACAGCCCUAGCCCCAGUCACAGCCCCAGCCCCAGUCACAGCCCCAGCUCCAGCCCCAGUCACAGCCCCAGCCCCAGCCCCAGUCACAGCCCCAGCCCCAGUCACAGCCCCAGCCCCAGUCACAGCCCCAGCUCCAGCCCCAGUCACAGCCCCAGCCCCAGCCCCAGUCACAGCCCCAGCCCCAGCCCCAGUCACAGCCCCAGCCCCAGUCACAGCCCCAGCCCCAGCCCCAGUCACAGCCCCAGCCCCAGCACCAGUCACAGCCCCAGCCCCAGCCCCAGUCACAGCCCCAGCCCCAGUCACAGCCCCAGCCCCAGCCCCAGUCACAGCCCCAGCCCCAGUCACAGUCCCAGCCACAGUCGCACACCCAGCCACAGUCCCACACCCAGCCCCAGUCCCAGACCCAGCUCCAGCUCCAGACCCAGAUCCAGCCCCAGCACCAAUCACAGCCCCAGCAACAGCCCCAGUCACAGCCCCAGCCCCAGUCCAAGCCACAGUCACAGUCACAGUCACAGCCCCAGCCCCAGUUCCAGCACCAGUCACAGCCCCAGCCCCAGUCAC